AGAAGGCGUUUCAUAAGCGAUACAAACAGCAGAGGAAGCUGUACGCUGUUUUUCAAAAGGACAGAAACGGUAACAUUCACUAAAGAGAAAUUGUAAUAGUGUAACCACACUUUUACACGUUAUUAAACAAAAUAUUGAUGACUAUUGAAAAACACGCGGUUUCAGCAGUUUGUAGGGGCUGCUGCUGAAGUCACCAUGUGGAACCAUUAUAAUUUGUAAGAGACCAACCGAGCGCUGACGUGCAAGAAAACUGGAAAGUUAAGGACGGGAGCAGGAUGUCUGCAGAUGAGAGGGCCCAUGCCCACGUCAGGUCCGGGGACGCGCCCAUGUACGUGUAUGAGUCGACGGUGCACUGUGCCAACGUGCUGCUGAGUCUGGAGGACCAGCGGCGGCAGGACAUCCUGUGUGAUGUGACGGUGGUGGUGGAGGGGACGGAGAUCAGGGCCCACAGGGCCGUCCUGGCAGCCAGCAGCAGAUACUUCCUACAGGUGCUGCUGGGACACACACACCCCGAGCAGGAGCCAAUCAUCAGCCUGUCUGACAAGGUCACAGCCAGGGGGUUUGCCCCGCUGCUACAGUUUGCCUACACAGCCAAGCUGGUUCUGAGCAGAGAGAACAUCCAUGAGGUGAUCCGCUGUGCUGACUUCCUGGGCGUUCACAACCUAGAGGACUCCUGCUUCCGCUUCCUGCAGGCCCAGCUGCACAGCGACACCACUGAUCACAACAAUGGCCUUCUCUGCCGCAAGGAGCUGCCGCCGUCAGUGAACACAGAUGACCUCAUCACGGAGGAGGACGGUGGUGGUGGUUCCGCGUCGUCGGAGAACCCCAGGGUGACGUCAUCCUCGGCGACGAGGCGGCGGCCCAAUCACUCGACCAUCACGUCCCUCACCAGCAGCCUGACCUCUGACCUCCCACGAUGCCCCAAAUACAGGAAGUACCAGCGGGCCUGCGCCAAGCACAGCGGAGAGAAUGACGACGAUGACAGUGUCACCUCAGCCGCCUUGUCACACUGCCAUACCUCAGCCUCCCCAGGCCCUUUCUCAGAGACCAGCAGCACCCGCCAAGGGGGACAACCUCACCCCCUCUCCCCCUCCAGAAUCAAAGAGGAGCCCCGCUCCUGGGGUGAGGGAGAGGAUAGUCCCCCAGGACUGUCAGAGGAUAGCCAGGAUGUCCUGGAGAUGGAGCUGGAGGGGGGGCCGGAGCCCUCAGAGCGUCCCCCCAGCAGAGGCUCUCCAUCCUGCCUGAGCUCCUACCUCCAGAGGGGCCUCCUGGAUCUCAGCAACCCAGCCAUAACUCUACCUACCACUCCUCUCACCCAGCAGCUACUGACCAACAGACUCUCAUUAGCCCAUAACAGGGAUAGGGACAGGGGGGCAUUUCAAGGGGAGGGUGGAAGGGACCUCAGGGCGGUGUCUGCAGGGACAGUGGGUUCAUCUGUCGGAGACAUGGAGGGCGUGACCAUGAAACCCCUCCCAUCAGAUGGAGUCAGCAAACAGGAAGUAGAGUUGGAUCGCCGCAGCAGUGUCAUCUUCUCCUCCGGAGCGUGCGACCGCCUGGGAACACCGUCUCAAUCCUACUCCGACCGGAAGUCUCUGGAAAAAGAUCUGUUGGAGAUCACCUCGAAAUCCCUGUGGACAGGUGUUAGUAAGUCCCUCCCCUCCCGCCAGACUUACUCUCCCCUACCCUCCACCAUCCUCACCACGGCCCACCAGGACCCCCUGCCCACCACCAGCUGCCCUCUGCCAAUAAAGAUUUCCCCCCGCUCCCCUCCAUGCGAGCCCCACACACGAACCUCCAGCUCCUGCUCAUCUUUCUCCUACAUGGAGGACGGGGGCAGCGGGGACUCGCCCUCCAACAUGCCCCAGUUUGACUUCUCCUCCUCCCCAUGCUCUGUGUCGGGCUCUGGCCUGGUGGUGGAGCAGAGGGAGCGCGGUGGGAUGGUAGUGGGGGAAGCCAUCUUCUCUCAGGGCCGCACCAAGAUCAAGUGUGAACGCUCGUACGGGGCCAACUCCAGUGAUGAAUCUGGAUCCUUCUCAGAGGGAGACAGUGAGUCCGGCCCUGCCAGAGAGCCAGGUCCUGAGGUCAAACUUCCCUUCCCGGUGGAUCAGAUCACCAAUCUUCCGCGUAAUGACUUCCAGAUCAUGAUAAAGAUGCACAAACUGACCUCAGAGCAGCUGGAGUUCAUCCAUGACAUCCGGCGGCGCAGUAAGAACCGCAUCGCCGCCCAGCGCUGCCGCAAGAGAAAGCUGGACUGCAUCCAGAACCUGGAGGUGGAGAUACGCAAACUGGUGCAUGAGAAGGAGAAGCUACUGAGUGAGAGGAACCAGCUGAAGGUGUGUAUGGGCGAGCUGUGGCAGAACCUCUCCUACCUGUCCCAAGCUGUGUCCCAGGAGGUAUGCAGGGAGGUGCAGGGGAACCCCGAGAAGACCAAAGCCCUGCACCCUACACACAAGCCCAACGAUCCCACCGCUGCCACCAACAGCAUCUCCAUCAUGGCCAGUAUCGACCUCACCUCCAACCCAGGCUCCCCAACCUCAGAGGGCAGCCUGGCCAAGUCACCCUACCCCUCUGAAAGCCCUGUGGAGAGAGAUGUUGGCUCUGGGCAGAGGCUUAGGAAGGGGCAGGGCGGUGGGGACACAGAGGUGUCUGUCCUGGGACAGGAGGACCCUGAGUCUUCCCUGGAGCCUGGAGCGUCUCCGGGUGUGUGUAGCCCCACUGUUUCGGUGGAUUUUUGUCAGGAGAUGACUGAGAAAUGCACAACAGAAGAACAGCCCAGACAGGACUGUACCUAGUUAGCAAUGACUGAAUAGCUAGCAACCAUUUGUUUUUUUAUUGUUAUUAUGACACACAUCUCUACCUUGAUAUGUAUAAAGUUUGAAAUACAUUUGUUAUCUGUGUUUUUUAAAGGAUGACACUACAGUUGUCUUAUCAGCAAUACUGUUAAAACAGGUAUCAAACAGUUAUGACAUAGCACUGGCAGCUUCCCCCUCUCUCUUUAUCUAUUUAUCUCUCCACCCAGCCAGCACAUUUAGUUCCUUGGAAGUUGUGGGAACGUAUGUUUGUGGUUUCACAUUCGUUGUGGGAAUGAAGCCAUACGUUUCCUGACCGGUAAAACUGAACGUUUGUUAAACGUUCUGAGAACAGAAGGGAACAUUUUUGCCUGUUCUGCGAACAUUUAUUUUUAGGUUGCAGAGAGGUUCUGAGAACGUUUUACUCUGGUUCCUUUAAAGUUUUCCUGGGAGGUUUUAUUAACGCUCUGAGAAUGGAAAUUAUAGGUUAUUUGGAGGUGUUUGAAUAACUUCCAUAAAACUUUCAUUAAGACUUUUAAUAACACUGCUAGCUUAUUUUGGGUUCACUUCUUUGAACUACAAGCACAGAUAGGACACAUGGAA